AAACAUUAAAAAAUUCUAAUUUUAACCUCGUACUAUUGAACCAGAAUUCGCUGGUCAUAGUUGUCUAUAUAAACCAAAAACUGUGUCACAAUCGGGCAUACGCUGUCGACACGCUCCAAGAUUAAGUUCAACAGUUUCUGCACUGAUUGCGCUACACACAACUUUGUAGUUAAUAUGACUCUAAAAAACAUCAAGCUUUACUACUUCGAUGCCCAAGGUCGCGCUGAGUUGACCCGUAUAAUACUGGCAGCAGCAGGCGUCAAGUACGAGGACAUCAGAUACACUUUUCAGACAUGGCCCGCCGAGAAGUCAAAGAUGCCUUUUGGGCAACUACCAGUAAUAAGUGUAGAUGGCAAAAUGUUUGGCCAGAGCCUUGCAAUAGCUACUUUUGUUGCCAAGGAAGCUGGAUUUUAUCCUAAAAAUAAUCUUGAUGGGUUAAAAGUGGAUCAAGUAGUUCAGCUGGGAGUUGACUUUCAAACAGCAGCAGUCAAAGCUUUUUUUGAGAAAGAUGAAGCUAAAAAGAGUGUAUAUGAGAAAGAGCUAAAGGAAGUAGAGGUGCCCAAGUACUUAGACAUAUUUGAAAAACUUUUGAAAGAAUCUGGAACAGGAUAUUUCGUUGGUACAACGUUAACACUUGCAGACUUCUGCAUCUAUGAUCUCGUCGCCAUGAUGAUAGGCAGAGGAGUCCUCAGCACAUCCAAACAUCCAUUAGUGGAUGGGUUAGUUAAGAAAAUUGAAAGUAAUCCUAACGUGAAAACUUACCUGGCAAAUAGAAAGAAGACUGAUUUUUAAUACAGAAUAGAAACCUCCAGAUUUUAAAAUUACCUGUCCAUUAUAUAAGAUUUAAGGCUUUUUAACACGCAAAAAAACUGACUGUAUCUUCACAUUUUGCUACAUUAUUAUUAAAACAAUCUCAUGUAGUUGACAGAAAUAAUCUUUUUUUAAGAUAAAAAAAUACAAUUUAAAAAUAGAAAACUUUAUUAAAUUUAACAUAGUCUAAUCUAAAAAUGCUAAUGAUAUUCAAAAUAAAAAUCUCCAGAGCUGUAAAAUUUGAAGCUAAUGCAUUUGACAAACUUUCCAAUUAUUAAUUAUAUAUUGCAGCCUAUUUAUUUUAUUCAAUGAAUAAGUGAUAAUUGCAAUCCAUAUUUGAUGUAACUUUAAAUUAAUGUAAAAUGUAAAUAAAUAUG